GCGGGGCUUAAGGCAAGGCAGCGGCGUAGUCUCCUAGGUAACGACGCAGGCGGCGGCGGCGAGUGUGGUGCAUUUGAAUCAGAAUAUGGGAUUGUUUGACAAACUAGCAGGAUGGCUUGGGCUGAAAAAGAAGGUGGUUCACGUUUUGUGCCUUGGGUUGGAUAACAGUGGCAAAACAACUAUCAUUAAUAAGCUUAAACCUUCAAAUGCUCAAACUCAAGACAUAGUUCCAACAAUAGGAUUCAGCAUAGAGAAAUUCAAGACAUCCAGUUUGUCUUUCACAGUGUUUGACAUGUCAGGUCAAGGCAGAUACAGAAACCUAUGGGAACAUUACUACAAAGAAGGCCAGGCAAUUAUCUUUGUCAUUGAUAGCAGUGACAAAUUAAGAAUGGUUGUGGCCAAAGAAGAACUUGACACCCUCCUGAAUCAUCCAGAUAUUAAGCAUCGUCGAAUACCUAUUCUGUUCUUUGCCAACAAAAUGGACCUCAGGGAUGCAGUAUCAUCUGUGAAAGUCUCACAGUUGUUAUCAUUAGAAAACAUCAAAGAUAAACCCUGGCAUAUCUGUGCUAGUGAUGCUCUGAAAGGCGAAGGAUUACAGGAAGGUGUAGAUUGGCUCCAAGACCAGAUCCAAGCACUGAAGACGUGAGAAGCUAAGAUGUAUUACACCACUUCUUACACUUUUUUUGGAAGUAGAUGUGCAAGCCUCUUGGAAAGGAAGACUUAAAAUAAAGAAAAGUAAUUAGCUAAAUGUACUGCAUUCUGUUGUUCCCUUCUAUUAUCUCUUCCAGGGCUCACAAACAGUAAGUGUUUUAGAAAAUGUAUCACCACACCCACAUAUGUGUUGCAACUAGAGAGAAUGUUAAAAUGAAUGUUAAUAAAUAAUAAGUGUCUGCAGUUAUUUAUUAUAUUAGCUGCUUAAAAUUUUAUAUAAUCCAAAUAUCCUGGUAUUCAAAGGUGACUCAUGACAUUUUAGGUGCCUCCUUUUUUUCUUUCUUUCAGUGCUUGACUUGAGACACCUUUGUAAAAAUGUUUUCUUUCCAGAUGAUAGGCGAGCACAUUUUGAAAAUCAUUAGGUGUUGUUAUGGGUACCCAUAAUCACUAGCCGUUUCUGCAAAUCUUGUUCAAUGAGUUGACUAGAUCUGUUUUAGGCUUUUAAAAUAUCCAUGUAUUAUUUGCAGGUUAUCUAUAACCUGUCUUUUAAAUUUGAGAUAUGGAGGUUAAUAUGUGGAAUGUGUUUUGUUAUAAAAUGAUUUCAGAUGUUUAACUAACUGAUUAUAUUGAAAUGUAUUAUGUUUGUGAAUUAUGAUCACCAUGUACAAGGUUCUAUUAAUAAAGACAAGACGUACUUUGUA